AUGGUGAUCGAUGAUAGCGCUAUCGAUAAUUUCAUACUUUUUAUUAUUUUAAAAAUUUGUCUGUAUGUAAUUCUAUACUACCAAUUUUUCGUAAUCACCGUUGAAUACUCGGCUCUUGACAAUCACAAAACUGGUUAUGAUCACCACAUCGAUGAUUAUAGAACUACGAAACUUUUCAUUGCCACAUGUUUGGCUCUGCUGGCUUGUGCCGCUGCUGACGUCUCCCACCUGGGCGGUGGCUACAAUUAUCCUGCUCCGAUACAUAUAGAUGUGCGUUCGCAACCAAUUGUACCACAAAACAGCUACGUCCCACCACCACCACCAGCGCCAGCCCCAUCCCAGGGUUACAGCUAUCCAGCUCCAGUGCAUGAGGCAGUGAAAUCACAACCAAUCGCACCACAAAACAGCUACGUUCCACCUCCACCACCACCACCACCAGCGCCAGCACCGUCCCAGGGUUACAGCUAUCCAGCUCCAGUGCAUGAGGCAGUGAAAUCACAACCAAUCGCACCACAAAACAGCUACGUUCCACCUCCACCAGCGCCAGCACCGUCCCAGGGUUACAGCUAUCCCGCUCCGGUUCACGAGGCUGUGAAAUCGCAACCAAUCGCACCCCCACAAAACACGUACAUUCCACCUUCAGCUUCACUCCAUCAGGAUGGCUACCAUUAUAAAACCGCUCGUCGAGUUGUUUACAGACGCCGUUUCCGAAUUUGA